AUGGAAAGAAAAUUUUUGAAACCGAAUGCGUUUGCCCCAGUACCCCUCAGCGAAAAUUUUUGGAGAGUAUUGGUCUCUACCGGGGAUGACGAGUCUUCGCCGGCAGUAGGUAGCUCACAAGCAGCAAUUCGCGCUGACAACGUAGAGGCUGAAGUGCGACGAGUUUUGCACGAGAAAAGAAAUGUCGUUGACGAUGCAGUGUUGAAACAGGUUGCUCCUACCGCUACAAAUGUAGUCGGCAAUCAGUACGAAAACUUGAUUGAGCUUAGCUUUGAUCAGGAGAAACUUAUUCAAGAGGAAGAGGAGAGGAGAAGGCGGCAACGAGAAAAAAUCGUGAAUAGGAUUCUUACAUGA